AUGAAGGACAAUAUCGAGGCGGCCCCAGAGGCACGAGACUCCGUUCUGGAGGAAAAGGGUGUUUUGAAGGAUCAGAAGGCCGACGAGGGCUACGAAAUUUUCGAAGAGGGCGUUUCGCAGUCGAUUCCGCAGGAUGUCGCCGAUGCAGUACGACGCAAGAUCGACAUGCAUCUGCUGGUGCUCAUGUGCGCACUUUAUGGCCUCAACUACGUCGACAAAGUCGCCAUGGGAUGGGCAGUUCUUUUCAACUUCAGAAAGGAUCUUGGGCUUGUUGGUGACGAAUACUCGUGGGCCAGUUCCAUGUUCUACUUCGGCUAUCUUGCUGCCCAGUAUCCUGCCAACUAUUUGCUGCAGCGUUGCAAGACUGUCCAGAUUCUGUCUGGAGCAGUCAUUGCUUGGGGAAUCUUGAUGCUCGCGCAUCUGGGUUUGCGAAACUUCGCCGGACUCAUGGUGGUGCGCUUCCUCCUCGGCGUCACGGAAAGUGUGGUCACCCCUGGAUUCGUCUUGUACACCUCCAUCUGGUACACCAGAAAGGAGCAAGUUCUCAGAACGAUGCUGUGGGCCGCAAUGCAGGGCGCCUUCUCCAUCGUCUGCAGCUUGCUAUCGUACGGCCUGGGCCACAUCACAAACACGGCCCUCAAGCCGUGGAUGUACAUCUUCCUCGUUCUCGGGAUCCUCAGCAUUAUUGUCGGAGUCCUCUGGCUUCUGUUCAUGCCCGAGACGCCCAACAAAGCGCGCUUCCUUACUCAUGAGGAGCAGGUCAUCGCUGUCCAGCGCGUAGCCCAGAAUAUGACCGGUAUCAAGGGCUAUGAGUGGAAGUACUACCAAAUGUGGCACGCCCUGAUUGACGUCAAGACAUGGCUCAUCUUGGCGUUCGUUCUCUUCACCCAGCUUCCCAACGGCGGUCUGACGUCGUUCGGAAGUCUCGUUAUUUCGGGCUUCGGUUUCGACUCUUUCAGGACUCUCUUGAUCGGUCUUCCAUCUUCCGUGGUUAGUGCUGGUAGCAUGAUCGUGUGGGGCACGAUUUCCAUCAAGUACGGAAACUUGCGAACUUGGGGCAUGAUCGUUCCUCUUCUUCCCGCGAUCGCUGGCAUUGCCGCAGUCUAUGGAACUAUGGACACGGGGGCGAACAAGUAUGGCCGCGUGGUGGCUUACUGGCUGAUCAACUCUUAUGCAGUGACGUGGCCAUUCAUCCUCACGAUCGUCGGACAGAAUAUCGCGGGGCACACGAAGCGUGCCUUCACCAACACGCUGCUUCUCAUGGUCUUCGCUGCCGGAAACAUCGCUGGACCGUUCUUCUUCCGCAGCCAGGACGCACCGAAGUAUGUCCUGGCCAUCGCCAUCAUUUUGGUGUGCUUCUGUGCGGCUCUCUUGACGGCUGUUGUUCUGAGGUUUUACAUGACGUGGGAGAACAGACGGCGGGACAAGAAGUAUGGAGGUGUCGAUGGAGCUCAGCGUGUAGACGGAGUCAGACUCGGAAUGCAUGACAAGACCGAUCUGGAGAACCCUGACUUCAGAUAUGUUCUCUGA